AUGCUUAUGUCUAACGCUCCUCAACAAUUAUCACCGGUGACAUUAACAACGUAUAUCAACAAUAAUAACACAUCAUCAACACCUGGACUGUCACCGUUAUCUAGUCCGCCAGCUACACAAACAGAUCAGUCAUUAGCAGAUAAUCCAGAAUAUUUAUCACAAUUAUUAAAAGAUAAAAGACAAUUAGCAGCAGUGCCAAAUAUGUUUAUUCAUAUCGAGCGAUUGCUUGAUCAAGAAAUAAAUAAAGUACGUGUAAAUUUGUUCAAUUUAAGUACAAGACCAAAAAUAGAAUUACCCGAUCCGCUAGGAGAAAAAAAGAUAUUUCAAGAAAAAGUUUUAAUACCAGUUCAACAACAUCCGGAGAAAGUACAAACUCUUAGAGGAGAAAAGAAACCCCUAAGUGAAAUAGUCGUUCAUCCACUACGAAAACUGUGA